CGAGAGCGGGAGCAGAGAAUUGAGACUCUCUCCUCUCCUCAAUACCUCUAAAAAAAAAAAAAAUCCAUAAUCUGGGAAACUUUUUAGUUUUGACGAUCUGAUCUUCUUCAGAAAUGAUUUUAAGAAGCGCAUCGACCCCGAUUCUUAGCUCAUGGAUCCCGCACUCCAAAGAACCGUCGCCGGAGCUGGAACUGCUGCACCAGAUCUCGAGAACCCGAUCUAUAACGCUGAUGGUAUCGUGCUCGAGCUCGCUUUCAAUGUCAGCGAGUGAUGACUUGACGAGGAAGAUGACCAGAGCACUGUCAGAGACCGAUCUGAGGAACAUCGCUGUGCCUAAGAGGAAGGCCAUGGACAACAGUAUCUUUAGCCGGAUUUGUGUUGAGGAAGAGAGGGAAGAAGCGGAUUUUGAAUGGUGGACGACGGAUUCGCUUCUCGUGGUGGAGGAGGGGUGCGGUGGUGGUGGCGGUGGCGGUAAAUUGUGCGGUGGAAGAGGCAGGGGAGGAUCUGACGGUGGAGAUGAUGAUGGCGGGUCGGAGUCCUGGGACUCCAACCAUGGAAAUAAUAGUACUGAUGUGUACUAUCAGACAAUGAUCGAGGCCAAUCCAGGGAACGCACUUCUCCUUAGCAAUUACGCGCGAUUCUUGAAAGAGGUUCGUGGUGAUUUAUCCAAAGCUGAAGAAUACUGUGGAAGGGCAAUUUUGGCGAACCCAAACGAUGGAGCUGUUCUGUCCAUGUAUGCAGAUUUGAUAUGGCAGAGCCAUAAGGAUGCUUCCCGAGCUGAGUCUUACUUCGAUCAAGCUGUUAAAGCUGCCCCUGCUGACAGUUUUGUGCUAGCAUCCUAUGCGAGGUUUCUUUGGGAUGCUGAAGAUGAGGUGCAAGAAGAUGAAGAAGAGAUGAGGAAACCAUCACAAUCGCAGCUUAGUUACUUAAAUGGAGCUCCUCCUCCCCCGCCUUUGACAGCUGCUUCUUAAGAGUAUUGCUUUUACUUUUGCAUAAUAGCCUAGAUAUAACUUUUAUGACCCAUGUUCAUACCCCUUUUUGGUUUUAUGUUUAACCUUUUCAGUGGAAUUUUCCUUGUGAAUUCAAAAUCACAAAUUUUGAAAGCUCUGCGUUUCUUUUCAUUCUUGUGUACCCAUGGUAUGUGAAAAACAAUAAGCAUGGAAUGAAAUUUUAUUUUUCAAUGAAUAGAUCUCUUUACUUGUAUGUCUCACAUGUCUCAUAUUUCUUGAAAAAAGAAUUGUACUGGGAUAAUGAGAUUGACAUUAAUAUCAAAUCUUUCUUCUAAAAUUGUUCUUCUUUUUUUUUUUUUUCUAAAUAAUUUCCGAAUUGUUCUAGAGGAACUAGAAACAGAUAUUUCUCUGUUUGUCUUCUACUUUGUCAUUUUUCUUUGAUUUUAAUUUGUUCACACAUUUGCUUUAUUAUGUAUUGACUGGUUACCCAUGUUUUCUUGUUUAUUUGAGUUGUACCAAGCUAUCUGUGCGUGAUCUCUGAAUCUUGUGCUAUGGUUUGUUGAUGCCUUAUAGUUAUUUAUUUAUUUAUUAAAUUUUACGGGAUAUG